UCAAUCACUUUUGCAAAUUCUUUCAGGAAGUAAACUGUUUUUUUCUUUUCUUCUUGAUGUGACUUACUUUCAAGUGUAAUAUCAGUGUGCCCAAGGCAGGCAGAAACCCGUUAAUGUUCACUUUUUGUCGCUGGCUGCCAUGGCGGACUCUUUGGAUAGGUCGACGAACAUCAACUUGUUGAAGGAGCCUCUUGUGAAGAAGCUCUGUGAUGUGUUGGACAAAUCAAACCAUAAAGGGUGGCGAAAACUUGGAGAGAUUGUCGGCAAUGACAAACGGUUCAAAGUCAGCUCAGACGACAUGGAGAUGUGCUCACUGAGGGUGCUGGAGGUGGAAGGCAGCCCAAGCCUUAUGCUGCUAAGGCUGAUGGGAGAGCGGGGCUGCACCACUAAUCAUCUGAUUGACUACCUGCAAAGUCUGGGCAACUCAGAGGCCCUGCAGUGCCUGAAAUCACCAGCCUUGCAGAUCCUCAUUCAGCCCCAGUCGGUAGCUCUAAUAUGUGGCCACAAUCUCCGUCUCAGCUGCCAUGCUGUGGGGAAGUCUCCAGUGCAGUACCAGUGGUUCAAAUCCAGGGAGGAGGUGCCAAACAGCACCUCUCCAGAUCUGGUGAUAAGUCCCGUCCAUCUGAAGGAUGCUGGCUUUUACAUCUGCAGGGUCAACAGUGGAGAUGUCUGUGAAUUCAGCCAGUGGGCCCAGGUGGACGUCCUGAAUGUUGGCAUGUCUUAUGGGCAUAGUUAUCACUCUUUAGAUGGUCGGGUGAAGUUGGUCAUGCAGCCUCAGUUCCAGCGGUUACAUGUUGGGGAAACCCUGCAGCUGGAGUGCGGAGCCGUGGGACGGCCGAUUCCUCGAUACCAGUGGCACAGGAACGGAGUCCCUAUCCCAAACACCACAAAGAGAAAGCUCAUGAUUCCUCAUGUGAUGCAGGAACAUCACGGCAGGUAUCGGUGUGAGAUCACCAGCAGUACUGAGAGAAUGUGGACCAAUGAAGUUGAUGUUGUGAUAGCACCAAGGAUAUCUGUCCAGAUUACAGGGGCAAUGGAGUGCUCUGAAGAUGACAUUUACGCAAUUGGAGAAGGUUCCAGCGACCUUUUCCUAAAUAGUAUUCCAGAACAACUUUAUGCAACAGACAAAGUUGCCCUGCUGAUUGGCAAUCUAUCGUACCAGAACCACCCACAGCUCAAAGCUCCCAUGGUGGACGUGUACGACCUCACCAACAUCCUGCGGCAGCUCAACUUUAAAGUGGUGUCACUGCUGGACUUGACAGAGUCCGAGAUGAGAAACGCUGUUGAUGAGUUCCUGCUGCUGCUCCACAAGGGAGUCUACGGUUUGCUGUACUACGCUGGUCAUGGAUAUGAGAACUACGGAAACAGUUUCAUGGUGCCGGUUGAUGCACCAAACCCUUAUCGGUCAGCCAACUGUCUAUGUGUGCAGAGCAUCCUAAAACUAAUGCAGGAGAAGGAGACGGGCCUUAAUGUAUUUCUGCUGGACAUGUGUAGGAAGAGGAAUAUUCAUGAUGACAGCACUCCAAACAUUGUCCUGAGAGUUACGGCAAACAUUGUCUUUGGAUAUGCUACGUGCCAGGAUGCUGAGGCCUUUGAGCUGAGUUCCACUGGUUUCACCAAUGGUGUGUUUGUCAGGUUUUUAAAGAAGCGGCUGCUGGACGAUGAAAAGAUCACAGUGGUGCUGGACAGAGUUGCUGAGGACAUGGGUCAGUUUGAUGCUACAAAAGGUAAACAGGCUCUGGAGAUCCGCAGCAGUCUGUCAGAGAGAAGAGCGCUGACCGAUCCUAUUCUUCCUGGGGACAGUGUGGAUCUUGUUCAUGCUCAAAGUCACCAAUGGGCAAAAGCUCAUGAGCUUCCUGAGAGUAUGUGUCUCAACUUUGACUGUGGGGCUCAGAUUAAGUUGGGCUUUGCUGCAGAGUUCUCCAACGUGCUCGUCAUCUACACUCACAUCGUUAAAAAGCCUGAGGAUAUGUCUUUCUGCCAAGCUCAUGUCACCGACUUCUCACACGACCUUGAUGUGGAUCCUAAAGAGAUGAACAGAGAAACUCCAGAGGAGACGGGGAUCUACCUCCUGUCCAGCAGUCUGCCGCAGCACUGCCUCUACACCAGACUCAGCUCGCUGCAGAAGCUCAAGGAGGAGCUGGUCUUCACCGUGUGCCUUCAAGGGACUUUUGCAGCCAUGGAUGAUGAUCAUCCCAUCCACUGGACCAAAAGCAUCAACAUUGGAAAGCCACUGAUUGCCAGACUGGACCUCCAUCGGGCCAUGCGUCGAAAUAGCUGCCUGCAGACCUGCCUGAUGCCCCACAGCCCGUCCCACAGCCCUUGUCAUAGCCCUGGGCCCGAACACCACCUCCACCUCUAUCACGGGUCACAUCAUUCACAGGAUUACAACCGCCUAUCACCACAGCACCACUACAUGGACAUUUAUGAGCAUCCUCAUGGCGCAAUGGGAGGCUUUGGGGUAUCCUACUAUGACAAUCUCAGUCAAUGCGGCUAUGAGCCAGCAUAUGACUCAGGUGGGGUUUUAGGCUCACCAGGCAGGUGCAGCAUCCCCAUAGAGGCUAGUGACGACAUCAACGAACUGCAGACUGUGUUCAUCAACAGCCUGCAGCUUCAGCCACAAUAAACCUGGAGAAUUAUAUAGUUAUAUUCUGCUGCUUUUUUCACUUAUAUACUGUAAAACAAUUUCCUAUUCUCAAAUUUGUAAGCAUCUGUUGUGUCAGACUAGCUGUAAGCUAACUUUUUACUUGUAAAAUUGAUGUUUUAUAAAUACAUUUUUAGAAAGUUUUUAAAAAGGCUUUCUAGCCAGUUGAGAGUAGGUGGUUGCUGUAGUUGUUUUUAUUGUUUAUUUGAGGAUGAUGAGGCAUGUAUUGUAAUUCACUUAUUCUGUAGCAGAAAUGCAAAACUCCAAUUUUAGUAAUCUUUAAGCUAGUUGUACACAAAUGAUAGAGGCAUAUUCAAGGAACAUGGUGUAGGAUAUAGUGGCAAAAUAAUGUAUUGCAACCAAACUGUGAGGAGAUCUCUGCUCACAGUGGCAUUAGAAUUUUGUUUUUCUUUCUAAGUGUUUAAAGUGUCUUGUAAAGCUGCUGACAGGAAGUUUACAUAAACUAAUUUUGUUUUUAAAAAGGGGGAUUGUUGUUUUAUACCCAUAACACACGAGUGGUUUCAGGAGUUCUCACAUAUAAACACAGAAAUGUGGCUUGUUAAAAAUUUAGAAAAAUACUCAGAUACCUUUAUAAUGCUACUGGUACACUGAUGGUACUGCAGUGUACUGGCAUUAGUUGGUCAGUUUGAUCAGUAUGUUCAUAAAUCUCAAGUCUGAGUCUUGCAAUUUUUUUAUUUCUUGAAAUGCUUAGCAAGUUUCUGAUUCAGUCACAAGUACACAGCAAAAUUUUGAAUUCAUGAGUAAAAAAAAUUUUUUAGUAGUUUGCAUUAGAUAACCCCCGUAGUACUCCUCUCACCAACCCUUAUCAUGACAUUAUGAGGUCACCUCAUUUCAUUGUAUGAGAGGACUUGAAUAGCCUCUCACUGCUCCUCAGUGGACCAUGAAGCUUUGCUAGAGGACCACUCCAGUGGUGUUUGAGGGCUGGAGUUGACAGCUCCAUUUAUAUCAGUCAUUACUUGAGGUCCAAGUUAAAAUUAGAAGACAAGCCAAACUUAAAUUUAAACAUAUUAUGUAGUUUCUGCUUUUUUUAAUCAGGAACAAUCUAUUUUCUAAAAGAGCAACAAAAACCUAAACAUAUGGAUAAUAAACACUACAAACUUAUGUCCAUUGAAAGUCAACAGACUGGCAAAAAAGUGAGGAAAAUGAUAAAGAAUAACUUUUGGAGAUUACAUUAAUAUAUUUAAAUAUUUAUGAUAUCACUUAACCACUUACUAAUGUUUGGUUUUAGAAGUGACAACAAUGAAUGAACUCAUUUAUUCCGCGAAGAUGACUUAUGCUUAACCAGGCUCUCAAACCUUCCAGACUUAGAUUACAGCACAUUUACCACUUACUCAAACUCAUCAAUCUCUCUCCGAGGGAUUCGUCUCAUUCAAAAGCAGAUGUUUAAAAAAAAACAACAUAC